CGGUUUCGAACUCCGACCACUUCACUGAGCAGCAACUUCAGCUCAACCCUCGACGAUGGUCUUGGUCUUGAUAAUCGGUGACCUCCAUAUUCCCCACCGUAUACACGACCUGCCCGUCAAGUUCAAAAAGCUCCUUGUACCCGGGAAAAUCCAGCAAAUUCUGUGCACGGGGAAUGUUUGCGACAAGGAAACGUACGAGUAUCUGAGGACGAUUUCUCCUGACGUGAAUGUGGUCAGAGGGGACUACGACGAGAUCUCAACAUUUCCACUUUCCGUGACUGUAGUGCACAACCCAAUAAAGAUUGCGUUCCGACUGGCGACUUUGGAUGCUCUUAGCGCGAUUGCGAGGCAAAUGGAUGUAGACGUGUUGGUCAGCGGGCAUACACACUCGAUACAAGCGGUGGAACACGACAAUAGAUUCUUCGUGAAUCCAGGUUCAGCUACCGGCGCAUGGACGGGGCUCUUCAACGGCGACCCUAUACCUUCAUUUGCCCUGAUGGAUAUCCAAGGUCCCGUUGUUGUUACCUACGUGUAUCAGCUUAUCGACGGAGAGGUGCGCGUCGAGAAGGUGGAAUGGAGGAAGGAAACGGAUACUGGGCCCAAAACUUUGCCCCAGCCCAUACCUAGUCCCGCGUCGGGUAGUCCCCCUGGCGGUGACUGGUAGUAGUGCGGGAUUUGUAGGAUGUUAUUGGUUUUGCUUGUCUCGAAUGAUAACUGGACUCAUAAUUUGGAUUGUUUAUCUAUCAUAACUGCAAUGCUGAGAACAACACGGGGCACAGUUUUUUUUCUUCUGGAAUAUUCACCAUGUCCAUUACCGUUGCCGGCUCUGUCUUGAACGGAAUGAGAUGACGUCUACCGUGCUAAAGUGUUCUCCAGGGACAGCACUUGUCUAAUCUUUAGGGCGUCAUAAACUCCGAUUCAUGCUCUAUUAUUGGCUUACA